AUGGCAACUGAAAAUGCAAUACGAAAAAGAGCUUACCAGACAAAAGAUAAAGGCAAACAAAUGGAAAAGGAUGUUGGCGACCAAAUUUUUUUUUAUUAUAAUCCGUUUAAUUUAGUUAUCAUUGCUUUUGGUACCGGCAUGAAAGGCAAAUAUGCUACAAAGUUUAAAGGUUAUUGUGUAGGAGGUGUGGGUGUUUUGUACCGAGCAUUGAAGAGUAAGGAAAUGAGUGGAGAUUUUCUUGUGGCGGACGUUGACAAGUUCAGAGUGCCCAAGAGGACAAUAUUUUUUGAACAUUUCAAGGAAUCAUCAGUAUUUUGUGAAACCAGACAGAUUAUUGGCUGCAUAGCGAAAAAGUUUUCCAAACAAAAAAGUGAAAACAGUCGAAUGGUUCCCGAAAGCCAUGUAUUAUAUCAGCAUAAAUUUGCGUUAAAUGCUUCUAAAUGA